AUGGGUACCACUAUGAUUUUGACAUGGCUGCUCUUGCUGGGUCCAGCAGUUCUGGAGGCCAAAACAGGUCGGUAUGUCCAGCUGGUGAACGGAAGGCACCCAUGCGAAGGUCGCGUUGAGAUCUACUACAGAGGACAGUCGGGGACAGUCUGUGACGACUUCUGGGACCUCGCAGACGCCCAGGUUGUGUGCAGGCAGCUGGGGUGUGGCAAGGCCGUUGCAGCUCUGGGAAGUGCCUACUUUGGGCAGGGCUCAGGUGACAUUGUGCUGGACAAUGUGAGGUGCAGAGGAGAUGAGGUGUCCUUGCUGCGCUGCAAUCACACCGGAUGGAGGAUCCACAACUGUGCCCACUAUGAAGAUGCUUCUGUUGUCUGUUCAGGGCCCAGCGUGCGGCUGCGGGGCGGCAGGAACGGCUGCGAGGGCCGCGUGGAGCUGUACGACGGCAGCACGUGGGGGACGGUGUGUGACGACCAGUGGGACCUGCAGGAUGCCCAGGUGCUGUGCCACCAGCUGGGCUGUGGCCAGCCCCUGGCUGCGCUGGACACUGCCCACUUUGGGCCGGGCUCCGGCCGCAUCUUCCUGGACGACGUGCAGUGCCGCGGGGACGAGCCCUCGCUGCAGAUGUGCCGGCACAGCGGCUGGGGCGUGCACAACUGCAGGCACAUGGAGGAUGCCAGUGUCAUCUGUGCAGCUGCCAAUCCAACCCCUCCUGCUCAAUGGCCGUACACAACAGGGGCCAGCGUGCGGCUGCGGGGCGGCAGGAACGGCUGCGAGGGCCGCGUGGAGCUGUACGACGGCAGCACGUGGGGGACGGUGUGUGACGACCAGUGGGACCUGCAGGAUGCCCAGGUGCUGUGCCACCAGCUGGGCUGUGGCCAGCCCGUGGACGCCCCACGAAACGCUCGCUUUGGGCCGGGCUCCGGCCGCAUCUUCCUGGACGACGUGCAGUGCCGCGGGGACGAGCCCUCGCUGCAGAUGUGCCGGCACAGCGGCUGGGGCGUGCACAACUGUGACCAUGGGGAGGAUGCCAGUGUCAUCUGUGCAGAGAUAUCCAACCCACCAGAGAUGAGAACCUCAGCAGCAGCCCCUGCCACAACCAAGGUGUCCACCCCAGAACUGGUGACCACCACCACAACAGCUACCACAGCAGAGAGAAGCACACCAGGGGCCAGCGUGCGGCUGCGGGGCGGCAGGAAUGGCUGUGAGGGCCGCGUGGAGCUGUACGACGGCAGCACGUGGGGGACGGUGUGUGACGACCAGUGGGACCUGCAGGAUGCCCAGGUGCUGUGCCACCAGCUGGGCUGUGGCCAGCCCCUGGCUGCGCUGGACACUGCCCACUUUGGGCCGGGCUCCGGCCGCAUCUUCCUGGACGACGUGCAGUGCCGCGGGGACGAGCCCUCGCUGCAGAUGUGCCGGCACAGCGGCUGGGGCGUGCACAACUGCAGGCACAUGGAGGAUGCCAGUGUCAUCUGUGCAGGUGGGUGGCCACCAGAGACCAUCUGGAGGUCCGACAGCCUGGAUUUUCAUAUCCAUGUCCAUGCUCAUGCCCAUGUUCAUAUCCACAUCCAUGUCAAUCCAUUGUUACAAUCCUGCUGGAUUUCCUACCCAUUUGUUCACACCCUGUUCUUUGUUGCAGCCACCCAGCCAACCCCUCCUCCUCAAUGGACACUCACAACAGGGGCCAGCGUGCGGCUGCGGGGCGGCAGGAACGGCUGCGAGGGCCGCGUGGAGCUGUACGACGGCAGCACGUGGGGGACGGUGUGUGACGACCAGUGGGACCUGCAGGAUGCCCAGGUGCUGUGCCACCAGCUGGGCUGUGGCCAGCCCGUGGACGCCCCACGAAACGCUCGCUUUGGGCCGGGCUCCGGCCGCAUCUUCCUGGACGACGUGCAGUGCCGCGGGGACGAGCCCUCGCUGCAGAUGUGCCGGCACAGCGGCUGGGGCGUGCACAACUGCAGGCACAUGGAGGAUGCCAGUGUCAUCUGUGCAGGUGGGUGGCCAGCACAGAACACUGGGACUUUGGCACAUCAUUCUGAGUGUGUUCUGGAGAUAUCCAACCCACCAGAGAUGAGAACCACAGCAGCAGCCCCUGCCACAGCCAAGGUGUCCAUCCCAGCACUGGUGACAACCACAACACCAACAGCUACCACAAGGAGCAGCACACCAGCUCCAGCAGCCACCUCAACACCUCCUCCAGCACCUUAUCUUUGUGGUGGCUCAGUCUCAGAUUCCUCUGGGGUCCUGCAGAGUCCCAACUAUCCUGGAAGUUAUCCAAACGAUGCUGACUGCGUGUGGGAAAUACAAGCAGAGAACAAUUUCCGUGUAACGCUCACGUUUAGAGAUAUUGCGAUGCAAAGCAGGACGUGCCAACAUGACUAUGUUGAAGUCUAUGAUGGACCUCUCCACUCUUCCCCUCUUCUUGGGAGAUUCUGUUCUGGUUCCUUUCCCACAUACGUGUCCUCUUCAAACAUGAUGAGUGUUCGCUUCCACAGCGACUCCAGAUACUCCUUCAGAGGGUUUCAGGCUCACUACUCCUCCAUUCCAGCUGGUCACAACACCACCAUCCAGUGCUUGCCAGACUACAUGCACGUAGUGGUCAGCAGACGCUACCUCCAGUCUCAGGGGUACUCGGCACAGAGGGUCACCCUGAACGACAAUCGCUGCAGACCGACUGUCACCCCACGGGAGGUUGUUUUCAACAUUCCCUACAGUGGCUGUGGGACAAUGCAAGAGGAGAACAACGACACCAUCAACUACUCCAACACCAUCAGGGUUGUAUCUUCUGGGUACUUAAUCAAGAGGAAAAAGAACAUCAACUUGCACGUCAGCUGCAAGAUGCUGAGGAAGAGCUGGCAGCAGGUGAUGUACGCUGCUGAGGACACCGUGGAGGUGAACGAGUUCCAGUUUGGAAGAUACAACAUGAACAUCACCUUCUACGACUCCCCGGCCUUCCAGCAACAAGUGCGCAGCUCUCCCUACUACAUCGACCUCAACCAAAACCUGUACCUGCAAGCUUGUCUUCACAGCUCAGACCCAAACCUGAAGGUGGUUGUGGACACGUGUGUGGCAUCACCCGACCCUCGUGAUUUUAACACGCUGGCCUAUUACUUAGUCAGGAAUGGGUGUCCUAGAGAUUCUUCCUACACCACCUACUACUCCCCUUCCAGCCACUUUGCUCGGUUCAAGUUUAAUGCCUUUGAGUUCAUGAGCCGGCACCCGUCAGUGUACCUGAAGUGCCAGAUGCUGGUCUGCAGGCUCGGGGACUUCUCCUCCCACUGCUACCAGGGCUGCAGCUCCAGGGCCAAGAGAGACACCAGCUCUGCUGAGGAAGAAGUGGACGUGGUGGUUGGACCCCUUCAGCUCCGAGGAAGGGAUGCUCAGAGUGAAUAAAUUCAGAAAAAGCAGGGAAGCAGAAUAAAUUUCUCUCAUAUUUGCUCUAGGAUGACCAACAGGCUUCAAGAAAAGCCACAGCUCUGUCACUGAAAUCUGCUUUUGCCAACUUUGCCAUAAAAAGGAAGGGAUCAUCACCUUGCAAGCUUCUGCUUUCACCCCUGUUUUUAAAAACUGUACUGCUCUGACUGUCCCAAACAAGAUUUGCCUGUAAUCCACUUUAGUGCUAUAACUCCUUGAAUUGUGUUAAUUAGCUCCAGUCUGGUUGUGAAUUUGAUGGCACUUGGGGAUAUGGUUUAUUGGUGGACUUGCCUGUGCUUGUUUAAUGGUGGGACUCAAUAACCUUAAAGGUCUUUUCUAACCUAAAUGAUCCCAUGAUUCCAUGAAGCUAGCUGGGAGGAAAUUCCCAGAUUUCUUGAGAAAUAUUUCAUUCUCUCAGUUGUUUUCUGCUUAUGAAGUUUACUUUGUUGAGUUGUCAUCCUUGCUAAUAUGAAGCCUGUCCAAAUAGUUGAAAGAAAUGAAUCUGUGAGUUUGCUUAUUUCUGACUUUGAUCUAGGAGCCAUCACUUUAGCACUGGAACUCUGUGCCUUGGUCUUCAAAAUGCUGAGAUCAAACCCCAAUGACUUUCACUCAUAGGGCUGGGCUCUUCUAGCAAGCAGAAUUGUGGCUGUACAAUAUUCUUAUUCUUAUUCUUUAUUCUUUUCUUAUUCUUAUUCUUUAUUCUUAUUCUUAUUCUUAUUCUUAUUCUUAUUCUUAUUCUUAUUCUUAUUCUUAUUCUUGUUCUUGUUCUUGUUCUUGUUCUUGUUCUUAGCCAAAUAUUCUUAUUCUUUUGAGUAUUGCUUUUAGUGCUGUAUUUCUCAUUGAAACAAUGAUGGGUCCAUGCUUAUUUAUAAAAUGCAGAGAUUUUCAAGACUAAAAUUAAUCUGUUCUGUGAGCAGUGUAAUUUAUAAUCAAAGGAAGGAAUGUUUACAAACCAGUAAAUCUAUUUUGUCUCUCA